GGCUGAGUGCUACAAGUACAAAGCCUUUGGCACGCAUUUUCCAAAAACGCAGACAACAUGGCAUUCUCCAGAGUCUCUCUGUCUCUUUUGUUGCUUUUCUUUGUCUCACUAUCUUCUUCCUAUGCAACUUCUGGCUUCACCCAUGACCAUGCCACCCCAUCACAUUCACAAGCACAAAAACUCAUUAGAAGCCUCAACCUUUUCCCAAAGAAAUCAGUUAACAUUGUUAAAGGUGGCCAUGCUGAUUUUGUCCCUGGAAAGAUAGUCGAGAAAAAGUUCUCGUUUCUUGGUGAUUCUGGGCCUUCUGUCGAAGACCUUGGUCACCAUGCAGGUUACUAUUCACUUCCUCAUUCCAAAGCUGCAAGGAUGUUCUACUUUUUCUUUGAAUCACGAAACAAAAAGGAUGAUCCUGUUGUCAUAUGGUUAACUGGAGGACCAGGAUGUGGCAGUGAAUUAGCUUUGUUUUAUGAAAAUGGACCUUUUCAUAUUGCUAAUAAUUUGUCUCUUACAUGGAAUGAUUAUGGCUGGGAUCAGGCAUCAAAUAUUAUAUUUGUUGACCAGCCUACAGGUACAGGUUUUAGUUACUCUUCUGAUGAAAGUGACAUUCCACAUGAUGAAGUUGGCGUUAGCAAUGAUUUAUAUGACUUCUUGCAGGAGUUUUUCAAGGCGCAUUCAAAUUUCGAUAAGAAUGACUUUUAUAUUACUGGUGAAUCAUAUGCCGGACACUAUAUUCCGGCUCUUGCUUCCCGUAUUAACCAAGCAAAUAAGAAAAAUGAAGGACUUCAUAUAAACCUUAAGGGUUUUGCUAUCGGUAAUGGAUUAACAAAUCCUGCAAUUCAAUACCCAGCAUAUAAUGAUUUCGCAUUAGACAAUGGAGUAAUUAGAAAGGAAGAUUACGAUGAUAUCAAAAAGUUAAUCCCAGGCUGUGACCAAGCUGCUAAAACUUGUGAUGCUCGAGGUGGACGAAGUUGCGAGACUGCAUUAGAAACUUGUGGAAACAUAUUCAGUAGUAUCAUAACAAUCGCCGGCAACAUUAAUGUCUAUGACAUUAGAAAGCAAUGUGUGGGACCAUUGUGCUAUGACUUUGGAAAUGUGGAGAAAUUGUUAAGUCAACAGCAAGUAAAGAGUGCUUUGGGUGUGCCAAAAGACUUGGAGUUUGUUUCAUGCAGUUCAAGAGUGCAUGCUGCCUUUCUGCAAGAUUUUAUGAGAAAUUUGGAGGUGGGAAUUCCUUCUCUUCUUGAGGAUGGAAUCAAGAUGCUUGUGUAUGCUGGUGAUAAGGAUUUCAUAUGCAAUUGGCUUGGGAAUUCAAGGUGGGUUCAUGCGAUGGAGUGGUCAGGUCAAAAGUCCUUUGGAACAUCUCCUACAGUGAAAUUUGUGGUUGAUGGUGCUGAAGCAGGGUCUUUGAAUAGUUAUGGACCUCUCUCUUUUCUCAAGGUACGUGAUGCUGGGCACUUGGUCCCUAUGGAUCAACCAAAAGCUGCACUUGAAAUGUUGAAAAGCUGGAUGGCAGGGAAUCUGAAAUAAGCAAAAAACAGUUACUUAAUGUCCUUCAAGUUUAAUAUAGAUUCAUCUCAAAACCAAAACCAAACAUAAUCUCAGACGUGGAUAGUGUUCACAAUUAUUUUGUGUUAUGACUUCAGGCAUAAAUUGGAGGGUGGAAAUUAUAUUUUCUCUGAACCUUUUCUGAAAUUCCUGAUCUUUACAGUUGUGUUGA